AUGUCGGACGACCCCAGACCGGUGACUCAUCCCGAACGUGACUGGUACUAUCAACCGAGGACCUAUGUUAACUUUUCGCAGGACUCGAAUACCGUGCAUAACGCUGACGAUUCAGAAAAGGGUGAACCACCAUCACAAGCAAAUUAUCAAUUGAACUCAAUCAGUAAAAAAAAUCCAACUACUGCUACCCGAGUUCCUUCCCGACCAAGCGUCAAAACAGCAUACUUUUACCAAGAUGGUGAUUUGAAUGGACAAACCAUCCGGUUGGCAAUUCAUCCUAAUCGUUAUCGAAGCUUGGAAGCUUUGUUGGGUGAAUUGACAGAAAAGAUGCCUAAUUUGCCAUCUGGCGCACGAGCCAUCUUUACCCCGCAAGGCAGAGAUAAAGUUCGCUCGUUGGCCGAUUUACAGAACAACGGACACUAUAUUUGUUCCGAACGCAGUGUCAAUCCACGAGGUGUUCAAAUGGACCGUUUGCUCCCACCGUGGCGUUGGGGCACACAAGAGUAUAAUCGCACAACCUCGAGAAAAAAUGGCUCACCCACUCGUGUCAGACUUAAAACUGAGACAAAUUUGAACGGCAAAGAUUCUACGUUCGUAGAAACGUCCAAGAACAACAAAAUUCCGGAUUCCAUGCGUACACAGAAAAACAAACUCACCCUACCCCCAAUCGAACAGACAAAUGGAAUACGAAGUGAUCCAGUUUCACCCGGAUACCCGGAAAGCCUGAAUUCGCACACGACACUUUUGAACGAAUCUAGAAAGAUCUGCGUCAGACUGGAUGGAUCACAACAGUUGCGUCGCACUGUACUCCUUCGCAGACGUCAUGUGCGCAAUAUGAGCCAAGUGUUACACGAGCUGAGUGAGCUUUUCGGUAUGACUGUACAAAAAGUGUACACAAUUGAUGGAAAACCGAUCGUCACAGUGGAAGAUUUAAUCAACGGACCAGAGGAAAUCGUGGCAAGCGGGUCGGAACGACUGGUAUCCCGACCGUUACAGAAUGCCACAUCCAGUCCUAACAUUAAUCAUUUCAGUCGUGAUGCAACAGACAGUAAAGACCGAACGGACGAAAUUAUAUCUCGAUCGCGUAAACUGGACUGGUCAGUACCACGUCAAACGAUUACUGCAUCUUACGCUCAGCGAAACCGAAGCCUCACGCGCACCGGUGUGACGACAAGUACUUGGAUAGUGCACAUCACUUCGGCCAAAGUUCAUCCGGACACAGAUGAACCGUAUUUGACUGCGUGCACCGGCAGAGUUGUCCUAUCAGUGUGCAGUCGAUAUCAGACAACUCAAUCGGUUCUAUUACGUUCGGCCUAUGUGAGAACUCUCCCUGAUCCAAGUGGUGAAGACACAAGAGAAGGGCUCAAUCUACCCAACGGGGUGCACAAAGAUGAGCUUGAACCGACUCCUUUUCGACCAGGUUGUACCGAUCGAUUUGAGAUUCUAUUGCCAAAUGUCAUGGAGAUAUACAAAAUUCGUCUUAGCCAUGAUGGAUCUGGUAGCUAUCCAGAGUGGUUACCGGCCGAGGUUCGUAUGCGUCCAGUAAACAACGAUCAGACUAACGCAUCCAUCUCAUCUCGUCUCCCGCCGUAUGCAAAUCGGUACUUGCGUGUCGGAACUUCCAUGCCACCCGGUUCUGUGAGCACCGGCAGCGUGGAACUACGAUUCCCAUGCAUGCAAUGGCUAUCUCGGACCAAAUCAGAUGGAAGUUUAGUUCGUGAGGUAGCUGCACCUGGGACUCAUUCACGAGAUCUACGUAUCCCCGGUAGAUCGAAUACGAAAGCAACCACGAUGGAUACAUUACCGAUGACACUGCUACAAGGCGAAAGGGCGCCAGUGAUUCGAUAUCAGUUACGUGUGACUACGGGUACCUUGUGGAAUGCCGGGACAGAGGCAAGUAUGAAUGUGAUGCUUCAAGGUGAUCGAGGGGACACUGGAAUGCGCACACUGUGGAAUCCGGAAACAAAGAAUCGUGAUGCAUUUGCACGCGGAAAAGUCAGUAAUUUCACGAUUGAGGCAGUCGCGCUUGGACGACUUCGCCGCUUAUCUAUUUGGUUGGAUUCCAGUUCCGCGGACAGCAUGGAUGAUGAUGCAUCGCAGUGGUAUUUGGAGAAUAUCCUCGUUCGCGAAAUGCGAACUAACCGGACCGCAAAGGAACAACACGCGGAAGGAAUUAUUGAUCAUCCGCUGACUCGCGGUUGGAGUUGUUUUCCUUGUUACCAGUGGCUUGGAAUCGGAACUCGACCGGGUUCGUUGCAAGUACAGUUGAUCGCUAGUGCCGGAAGCGGUAAUCUGAGCUCAGAAUUGAUUGAGACUACCAGCUUGAUCAAUCAGGAAGACAUAUGGUGGCAAUCGGAGAAGUGGAAAUUCCGACCGGGGAUGCAGUUGGUGUUUUACAGUUACGUAACCGGUGCACCUCUUCAGGUCAACUCGGUCAAAGGUGGACAAAUUGAAGCACAGGUCGAGGCUUCAGGGGCAAAGAAAGUAGUUACGCCUGCAGAAAUGCAACCUUACCCGGAAUUUGAGUACUCGGAAAACUCAGACUAUAAACAACCUCUUCAAGUAAAAUCUGUCGACGCCUACAUUGAAAAAGGCAAUUGCAAUAAUUUAAUCAAUGAUCGAUCCGGCAAAGAAAUAUCGGAAUUUCGUAUUCGAUCUCAACCGGAUCAUUGGAUUGUGUUGGAAGCCGUCCGGCCGUCGGUAGAACGGAUGCCGACUCACGUGUACGUGGGUCCAGAAGGUCACAUUGUCAGUGGUGCAUCAGGUCCGUUGUCGGUGCCAGGGAAGUUGCUCAUGGCUUACGCUAAAGGUGUACUAAGAGACCAAGCAAUUGUGUGGCUUUGCACAAGCGCUUCACAAACGCUGGCGCUUCAAAUUCGUCCCGGCAGCAUACCAUCCACAGAAUCCGAUGGUCCCUGUGGCAGACGUUCUUGGACAUUUGAGUUACGAGCCACGGGGCCCCGAAAUCCGGAUGCAUACUGGCGAGUGGUAAAGCUGGGAAGGCGAGUACGGCUGUUUGAGGCGUUAGCUUGGCCUGGCCACUAUCUGCGCGUUACUCAUGGUGAAGUGAAUGUCCUGGGUUCUGGUGCCUCGGACUGUCAGUUUCUAAUCACACGUUUUCGUGCACAAGGCUUCAUUUGUCUAUCUCCGGCAAGUGACACAUCCAAAUUUCUGGGUAUGGAAGACGACGGACAGGUACGACUUUUCUCCGAGCAACAUAAUGGAUCCACUCGAUUCUAUCCGGAAUUGGUAAAAGCUGGAGUUCAGCUCAGUCCGGAUUUUUUCCGUGAAAAGCCGCCAGAACCAGGAAAUACAGACACAGUCUCGUCAACAUCGUUGUGUGCCAGUAGACGCCUAUCAAAAUUUUCCACUGUGGAGACUGUACAGGCAAAAGAAUCGAAAUUCGAAAGAAACACGCCAAGUCCAUCACAGACAAGCGAACGGAACGUUUCUGCUCAAUCUUCCAAGUCUCCUUCAGAAAAAGCACCUAUAGUUUCAGAACGUGACUGGAAAGUGUCAAUCGUCACUGCACAAGAAGCGCAAAAUUGUAGCGUCAUUCUCGUUGUUUAUGGACUGAAAGCGAACUCCGGACCCAUUCUUAUCGGUCGCUCAGACGACGAGGAAAAAAAGCUAUUUCGCACGAACAGCACAGAUGGUUUCAUGGUCAUCCUUGAAAACUGCGUUGUUGAUCAGAAACUGUCCUUCGACUUUUCUGGUCGAGCGUUUGGAAGGACUGACAAUUUCUGUCAGUAUUGCCGCGAACAGUUGUGCGAAGAUUUGGUCAACGGGGCAAAUCGCGAAACGGAAACGGAAUCGCUCGCCGAUAACUUGAGCAAAUUCGGACUUGAUCAAGCCACCAUUGAGCUGAACGAGAUACGCACUGGCCUCAUGCAUUAUCGUGUGCGGUUAGAAUUGCAAGCGGAGCUGGGAUGGACCGUUGAUCAAGCCUUAUUUGAGCCGCAUAUCAGUUUGGUCGGGAAGUACGGAGAUACAGGACGUCGGCUGACUCCACUGAUAGAGCCCACCUCAAUCAAGCCAAGUGAAACGGAGCGCUGUUGGCUGUUCGAAACUGAAAUCGAGGCAGUCUACCUGGGUGAACUGUCCAGAUGCCUGCUGGGUCCGGUCGACGUGAACACCGUGUACACGGAUGAAGAACGUAGUGGCCCAAUGUGUACACGAGUUUUAGUUUGGGAUCCUGUCAACCAGUUUCUAUAUUUUUUUCAAGCUGGAACAUGGCUUUUGGGAUCUCGGAGUGGACAAAUUCACGAGGUUCAUCUGAACGUGGCAGAAAUCCGUCCUACCAGAACAUGUAACACCAUCUCUGAAGAAACGGAAAAGAAUGAGGCGCUCCAUGCUCUGUAUGAGGACGCUCACGCCCUCGUUGCGGCAAUCAUUGAGAAAGCUCAGACCAAUUUGAUGACCUUCGAGCAAUGGAGUGAGUGA